AUGAUGGACAAUUCGCCCACUUCGAUGCCCAUUCCGGGUCUCAAGCGCUCCGAGUCCCGGGGCUGCAAGUCCCAGAGCCCCGAACCCCAGAGUUCCGAAUCCCAGAUUCGUCCCCAUCCUCCCCCCGGCCUUGAUGGCAAGCGAAAGCUCACUCCUGCCCCAAAUUCUCCUAGUCGCUCAAAGAAAGGCCGUAAAAGUGGUUCGCCGGCUGGCAGUGCUGGAGGUUCUCUUGAAGAUGUGCCCUCCCAUUCUGGUAGCAAAUCUUCAUCUCCUUCAUCCACGCGAAUUGGGAGCAUUUUGGCUUCUCUUGAAGAUGUGCCUUCCCAUCUGGACCAAAAACCUUCAUCUCCUUCAGCUAAGGACCUUGAGACUCCUCACCGUGCUACAACACCUGACUCUUUGAAUUCCACUUCCGCUGUGGUUUCUGAUCUCUCUGAAAUCUCUGAGCUACCAGAAGACGAUGAUGAGGCAGUUCUUUCUGCACCUGAGGAUGAUAUCUCUAGUGUCUGUGAUGAUGAACCACUUGAGCCGCUACCGAAAGCACCAGUAUAUGACCAGAGCCUUCAGCGGGGUUUAGGUGAUGUGAGAAAGCAACUUUCUCGACUUGCGGAAAUGAUGCAGUUUCCGGGUCACAUAAUCGACCCGGGCUCUACCUUGAUUGAACUUCGACCCGAGGCCGAGGAGUUGAGCAAGUUCAAGUACCCGGAAUCUUGCACGGUGGGGUUUAUUGGGAAUUCCGGUGAAGGGAAAAGUUCUGUGAUCAACUCGCUGCUCAAUAAAAUGAACCUAUCACGUGCAAGUGGGAGUGGUGUUGCAUGUACUUCAGUGGUCACAGAAUUUCGAUACGUGGAUGACAGUCAUCCUGGUCCUUACACCAUUGAAGCCCUCUUUAUGAGCCCAACAGAGAUUACGGAGCUUCUUGAGGAGCUUCUACGAAGCUUCCGGGUCUACUGCUGCCAAUCUUCUUUUAGUGAACUCUCAUCAAUUGAGGAGCAAGAGAAGUUGAGAAAUGCUUCAAGUCGUGCCGAGGAAACCUUGGAGUCUUUAUUUCAGAGCCAGCCUGGAUGGAACCGAGAAUUCCUGGCAGAUGAGACAGAGGGAGCAGAGGCCGUCAUUCUUGCACAGUUGAAAGAGUGGGCACACAACGCAGUAUCUCUCAGACCAGGCGGACAAGAUUCUCUGGUUUAUACCGUCACUGCAAAGAAUCUCCAGCGAUGCACGAUUGAACUUGACUAUCUGGCAGCUGAUUGCCAUGAAGACGGACAGCCUGCUUUAUGGCCCUUUAUCAGACUCAUAAGGGUCUACCUCAAAUCGCCGAUCUUACAGCAUGGAUUGGUCAUUGCGGAUUUGCCCGGCUUUGGGGACAUGAAUUACGCAAGAGUGCGGGCAACAGACAAAUAUUUGUCUCACAAUUGCGACGAGGUUUUUCUUGUCUCGAACAUCGCUCGAUGCCUCUCUGACGAAUCUCUCCUUGGUAUUAUGAGACGGUGUAAAAACAAGCCACAACAUAUUGCCAUUUCUCCCGAGGAAGAGGCUCGGAGCAAGAAGAAAUCAUAUGUCACCAAGUUGCGCAGCAUGGCAGCUAAACUGAAAAAGGCAAAUUUCCAAUUGAACAAGCUUCGCAUUCAUACUCAGAAUACUCCAGUUGGCUCUGAAAGAAAUUCAGAGGUCGUCGAAUUGAUUGAUGAAAUUGAGAGCCUCGAGAUGAAGCGAACACGAAUCAUGAUUUCCACACGCAACACUCGUGUCAAAGGAACUUUGAGAAACAAAUAUCCUGGUAUUGGGGUGUUCUGUGUCAGCAAUACAUUAUACGCCACGUACCGAACUAACGAACAACGCCUUGCCAACGAUUAUAUUGCUCUCAGUGAAGUUCGUGAACUGCGUGAGCAUUGUCAAAUGGUUCCCGCAGCAGCUCAGCUACGCAUGAUAGAGGCAUAUCUCAAUAACCAAGUCCCCGCGUUUCUAGGAUCCCUUCGUCAGUGGACUCUGGCAGGUGCCGAUCCCGUCACCGAAGAACGAGCUGCCGCUCUUCGUGAGGCUAUAUUUCAAGUUGAGGCCACUAUUCUAAAGGAAAUCGUUUCGACGCAUGGAUGUAUCGAGCGUACCAAACGCGAGCUAGCGGACUUAUUCGAGGAAAAGGUCCUACGGCUAAUUUGGCAAUCCGAUAUCGCCUGGACAGAAAAGUGCAUCACCUUAAGCGAAGAAUGGGGCACUUGGUUUCAUUCGACCUAUGGGGCAUUUUGCCGGCACAAUGGAACUUGGAAAGGCGCAUCGGUGGGAAGUCAUUGCUGGAAUGAAGAACUAAUCGCGCAGACACAAGGACAAUUGGGCCCUCAACUGAACUCUUUACGCCAGUGGCUGGAGUCCCGCACGGAAAUUCUGAUUAGUGCAACUUCAGAUGUGUUUGAACGAGUCUUGGCUGUGCUUCGACGCCAUGAAUCACAUGCUCCACAAUCUCUCCGGAAUCUUUUCUCCUGCAUGGAACGCAGGAAGCGGAAUAUCAACGAUGAGAUCGCACGCCACCUCGGGCAAAUGAUUCAGAGCAUAGAAUCCACGUCGCGAGACAUGAUAGACGGCCACGACAGUUCCUUGAUUGCGGACCUUAUGCGUCCUGCAUAUCUAAAAUGCAGCGGGAAAGGAAGCACCAAAUUGCGCAAAGAAGCUUUGCAUGAUCACAUUAAAGACUCACGACUCUUCAUCCAGUACCACAACCUCGCAAAAGCCGCCUAUUUUGCGACCGUUGAUGAAAACUUUGAUGCUCUGCUUUCAAGUCUGACAGCUCAGGUGAAGAAAGUUACACGGGACUUGAGUAUGGUGGUAGCUGCCGAAGGAGAAGUACAUGAGGCCAAACGGAAGCCAACGUUGGCCCUGGAGGUGAAGAAGGGUGUUGAAUCUGCACAAGAAGUUCUUGAUAGGGCGCAAUUUGACUUGCAGCUGGCUAUGGGGAUAAAGCGUAGUUGA